UGAAUUAGGGUUUACUUUCCUUUAAAAGUGAUCAGGAAAAAUAAUCAUGGAUAUUCUACGACGUAUUGUGCACACUGUUUUUCUGAAUUUAAUAUUCAGUGUUGUGAAGAUUGGUGGUGAAUACUGUUACUACAGUUCUUACUAUUCUGAUUAUGAAUGUGAUGGCACAACAAGCGGUGGUACCAUAGCUGGUGCGAUAGUAGGAACUAUCAUUUUUAUAGUUGUCAUAGUUGUUAUAAUUACCAUUUGUAAAAAGCAUUCAACCAGGACGACAACUAUUCGUACCACGCCUCACUCUGGCGGAACUACAGUUAUCACACAGCAACAGCAACAACAAGCUCAACCACCAAUGAUGUAUGGUCAGUAUCCGCAACCAGGCGGUCCUAUGUAUAAUCAACCACCAGCGUAUCCGCCGCCUCAACCAAACUAUCCACCACCACAAGGAAAUUAUCCCCCAAGAUAUUAACAGUGUUAUGAAUAAAAUAAAACUUAUGUUUGAUGCAAACGGUAAUUGAAUAACUGUUGGUGUUUACAUAUUAUGUUAUGUUAUUGCAUUUAUAAUACCUGAAAGAACGAUUUAUUCGUCGAAUUGUAAAAACAAUGCUUUACCAAAUUGAUUAGAAACCGAAAGCCUCUCGUUUAAGAUUUCUUGCAUGAACUCAGGAUUUACUAUCUUGAUAGUAAACACUUAAUGUUAAACAUUU